AUGCCAGAUAACUUUCAAGACUACUCAUAUCUUUCGCACCCCUCCCCUUCUGGGAGCUCCGAUUCGCACUCGUCCAGUGGUGACGCAACCAGCACCGUUUCCAGUGGCGUAGGAUUCACAGAAUGGACACGCAAUUAUGAUCUCGACGCUCUUUACAGCGCCGAGUUCAUGGAUGAGAUGACGGAGCAAGAACUCAUGGAAUGCCUCGCAAACUUUCCUGGGGAGGAGAUGUUUCCAGAGUCGCAGACGAUUCACCCUCAUCUCUUGCAGAGUUUCUCCCCUGUUCAGAAUAUUCAGAAUCCAGCCUCUUUAACGUCAAUGUUUAUGACGGCGCAGCCAGAUUCGUUUAAUCCACCUCAUGUGCCGUUCAGUCCUGCGAGCACUCGGUCACCUGGACAGGCACAUCAGUUCUUUGCUUCGCCCCCUCAAGCAUCGCCCUCCUCGCGUCAACUGCCACCCCUCCGCCCCAUCGUCACGCUUCCCAGCUCUCCCAGCUCCCAAGCGUCAUCAAGUUCAUCAGCCGGGCCCCCCGGCGAUACCCAACGCCUAUCCCUCCCAGCCCCCGGCGACAUGAACUAUUCUUCCUGCGAAGUCAUUAUGUAA